AUGGAUUUAGUUCUUCGAAUACUCUGCGUACUAUCAGGUGGCGCUGUUUCAUCAGCAUUGAGUGUGUUUCUCCUAGCGUCAUCUCUCUUGUUUGUUAUCUAUCGAGCUGAUUCGGCUCUGUCAGUAGUAACCGCUCUACAAGUCGAAACCUUGCCGGAAGUACAAGGAGUGGUUGAUCGUACGCUUACCCUUCAAUGCCGAUUUCCAGAAGCUUCCGAACAUUCGUUGCGACGACUCGUCCAAUGGUACAAGACACGUGAGGGCGACACGCACAUGGAACACGUGCUUAGCAUGGUGGACAGGGAAGAUGCCGAGGUUUAUGGAACGUACGCCGGAAGAGCAGGGCCCGCAAGGGGUGAUGGGAUGCUCGGUGAACAGGGUGACAUAGAAAUCACCAGGCUUGAACUUGCCGAUGAGGGCGUGUACACGUGUGAGGUUAAUUACUACGUUGCAAAAGAGGAGGGACUCGGAAAUACUAAAGUGUAUAUCAGCAAGAUCGUGGACCAAGUAUCAAUAUUCGGGCUCGGAGAAGGUCCAGAAGGCGAACAGGUCGUCAAGUAUUUCCCACCGGAUGAACCACAGACUUUAAUAUGUCGAGCUUCACGGGCCAAACCGGUAGCCAAAUUGAGAUGGUACAAGGAUGACGAAGAGUUGAUGGAGACCGUCGAAACCUAUGAAGAAAGUUCGGAUGGCUCAUUCAACACGAUCAACACGUUGCAGUUUACGCCACGGAAAUCUGACAAUGGAGCUAUCCUCAAAUGUGAAUCUUACCAGGAACCUGAGAUAGAACUCAAGAAGUCGGCAUCUGUAAUCAUAAGUACGUAUACGUCGCAAUACAUGGGACGGGGGUUCUAUUUUAAUUAUUUAUGUACUUAUAUUGUAUAACAUUAGUAUUGUUAAAACAAAACGUAUCUAUGUUGUUCACCCCCUUGAAGAUUGAGUUGUUUAUAUUUACUGAGAACACCUUGUUUCACA